AUGAGCACGAGUAGCAUUCUUGUUGCUAACACUUCUCUCCUUUCCUCCAUUUCCAUGACCAUGGCAGAACAGACAGUUUACCCUAUUGCCUCUGCUGUAACCGGGGAGCUCACCAGCAGAGUGUUCUCAGGGCUGAUACAGAUGUUCGGUAAGGAGGCAGCUGCCGGUGAGAAGCUGCAGCGGCUGGAGAUGCUGCUAAUCAAGAUCCACAGUGCGAUUGAGGCGUCCGAGAAACUCACCAUCGAGAAUUUGUGGCUCGUUCGAUGGCGCGACAAGCUAAAGGAAGCAGCCUCACAAGGCGACGAGGUGCUUGCCAGCUUCAUACGAAAGGCAGAAGACGCUGAAGCCACAAGGAGCAUUGACACCAACCAGCAGCAAGGCUCAUCCUCUUCUUCUAGUGCUGCUUCUGCUAGAGCUACAGGUGCUCUGUCUUUCACAAGUAAAUCUAUGUUGGGCAUGGCGCAGGGCAUCCGUGACGCAACCCAAGUACUGUUUUCGAAUGAUGAAGACAUGGAAAAGCUGAGCAAAACACUGGACAUGUUAGAACACCUCUCCGAAGACAUCAGAGAGUUCAUAAGAUUGUUUCAGCUUGAGGACUGGGCAAAGGCAGAUCUAAAAUCUACCGAGAGUAUGGAGACUCCAACAACAGAGCAUAGACCAAGAAAAAAGAUGAGGAUCACAAGAAAUUCAGGGUGCAGAUUAUUUGGCCUCAAAUUAGAUGAGGAAGACACAACAAUUUCAGCUCCGUGCGUGGAGGAUGUGGUAGUGAACAAAUUGAUCAAUCUUUCGAUCAAUGAAAUGGCAGUUAUCCAGAAGGAACAGUGUGAAAUGCUCCUUGACAAGCUUGAGGAAGGGUUUGCCAAUAUCUGCAAGACCGUCGAGCUAGCAGAUAGCCACGACCUUGGGGACAUGAAGUGGCUUGCAUACUGGGCUGACAUCCUAAGGGAGGCCAAGAUAAAAGGCUGUGUCGUUCUUGGCACCAUCAGUGCUCGCAAAACACUAAGGGCCAAAGAUAACGAGCCAAUGGUGAAAUGUGAUCAAGAUCAAGAGAGAGAUCAAUUCAGCAGUUUCGUGCAUAGCAUGGAGGGCUUAGCCAGGGAUGUGGAAUGCUUCGGCAAAUUGGUAUACAUGUGUUCAUGA